CUGAGCGACUGUCUCCAGGUAAAUGAUGUGAGUGUGUUUGCAUAUUGAUCAGAUGCUUCAGUGCUCUGAGAGUGUUUAUAGUGCUGUGAGUUUAACACUUCAUCACUGACACACACAACAAUCUUCAUCAACAUGACCUUCAUCAUCAUCUUCAUCUGGACUCUUUCAUACUGCUUUAUACUACAAGGGUGUAAAGCUCAGAUCACAGUCACUCAGACUCCUUCAGCUAAAGCCGUCACACCAGGAGAAAAUGUUGUGAUGAGCUGUAAGUUUAGUUCUGCUCCAGUCUGCAUCUCAAACCCCUGUGUGUCCUGGUACUUACAGAAACCUGGAGAAGCUCCUAAACUCCUGAUUUCAAAAGUCCAGUCAGGAACUCCAUCUAGAUUCAGUGGCAGUGGAUCUAACAGUGAUUUCACUCUGACCAUCAGUGGAGUCCAGACUGAAGAUGCUGGACAUUAUUACUGUCAGAGUUAUCACAGUGGUCCAGUGUUCACACAGUGA